AUGGUUUCCUAUCCAGACUCCGCGAGUGCCGAGCGCUCAUUGCCCAUACGCCGGCCCUCCUCUGUCGCAUCACAUUCCUCUCGCGCGUCAACUGUCCGCAGACAUCGCCAGACCCGGUCCAAUUUCGGUGGCUCGUCGCUUGUGUCGCAAAAUGAGUUCCCCGUCUUCACCCAUACCGGCGACGUCGAAAUCAUCAUUAGCAACGGACGCAAGGAACAGCGCUAUCUGCUGCAUAAGCUGAUCCUCACCCAGUGCUCUGGUUUCUUUGAGGCUGGCACGAGCGAUGAGUGGGCCACCGCCGGAGACGUGACCAACGCAGGCCCGACAAACGGCACCGCCCUGUCUAGAAUACCCUCUGGUUCACGACCAGAGCAAAAGAGGAAAUGGAGGUAUGAGCUCGAUUGGGGAAACGGCGACGAUGACGUGCCUAUGCUGGUCCAAAAGAAGAACCAACCCUCCACCAUGUUUGGAGGUGACCCAAGCACAUCCACACAGCCGCCACCAGCACGAAACAAUAAGCCUGCGCCCCCGCAAUCAGGAUUCUUCCGUAGCGUAGCCAACUUUUCUACCGUCAACGUACCCUCCGCACCUCCCGAACUCGAUCCCGACGAUGACACUUUCCGAGACUAUGACAACCUGUUCCGCAUCUUCUACAACUACCCUCCCUCGCUCGACACCAUCAACAUUGCGACUGCCUACGUCGAGUGCAAAUCUCUCUUACAGUUAGCCGACAUGUACGAUGCACUUGGUGUAAUUGGACCACGCGUCGACCACCACCUCCUCCGCUUCCAGGGCCGAUUAUGGAAACAGAUAGCAAAAUACCCACCCAGCUAUCUAAAACUGGGUUACAUGGCGCGGAGCAAGGCAAUUUUCGCAGAGGCCAUGGUCCACGUGGUCGGACAGUGGCCGCAAGGCAUCAACCAACUGCGUGGCCAAAUUGCCGAGCCAGUCAUUGAACUGAUCGAAGACAAAGUGGACGAAAUGGACGAACUCAAAGCAAAGAUCGAAGUCAAACUCUUCCGCCUCUCCCUCACAACCAGCCGCGGCGAGCGCGUCAGCCCCUCAAGCAACUGGCUCGACUGGAUCGCCGUCUCCCUCUUCCGCCAAUGGCUCGCAGAAAACACAACCCCACCUCCAGCUCCCAUCCUCAAAUCUCCGCGCCCCCAAGGUCCCCGAGGCGAAGUCGCCCUCCUCCCUCCACCCCCAAUCUUCAACACAGGUCGCAUCUUCCGCCUUCUCGGCCAAGCAGGCUCCAGCUACCUCAAUCACGACGAAUGCAAGCGCUUUCUCCGUCUCAACCCCGAACACUACAAUCGCGAUAACCUAAAGCGGCUUGAGCGCCGUAUUGAUGAGAUUAAGAAUAAAGCAAAAGAUAUUGUCAAGCCACUUAUGCGGAAUUUUCUCGAACUGGAUCUCCGCGAGGGUGGGCUGCCGUAUCUUACCUGUACGAGGAUUGAUCCGCAGGAUUUUCCGUGGGAUGAGAUUUGA